AUGUCUACACUAAACGAGAAGAAUGGUUACGAAUCGCAUCUGCGUCAUUCCACAUCACCAUGGAGGCGUAUAAGUCUAUCAUUGUUUACGUUGUUGCUAAUAGUCCCCAUCUAUCAGUACAUCACCAUCAAAACACAGGAUACGAGUUUGGUAACUCCACAGUACACAACUAUUGAAACAAUUGAAUUGACUUCCUCGGAGAAGGAUGACUUGAAGCGACUCGGGCUUAGUCCUAAAAAGCCAAUAAAGAUUGUCACUGAUGAAAAGGGCAAGCAAAUUAUUCAUGGCAGGUUUCUUCACAUAACCGAUAUCCACCCAGACCCAUAUUUCAAAGAGGGUCUGUCGUUUGAUGAAUUGUGUCAUCGGUCAAGGGGGGAUGCGCUGAAAUAUGGAGAUGCCAUAUCAGGAUGCGAUUCGCCAAUGGCGUUAAUGGAGGAAACUAUAAAAUGGAUUGAAAAGAAUUUAAAAGACAAGAUCGAUUUCAUUGUGUGGACCGGUGACAAUGUGCGUCAUGACAAUGACCGAAAUUACCCAAGAACGGAACAGAACAUAUUUGAGAUGAAUGACCAUGUGAGUAGGUUAUUGUACGAGACUUUUAAAAAGAAGGAUACGCCUGAAUUGGAAAUCGAUUUGAUUCCAAGCUUGGGUAAUAAUGAUGUGUACCCACACAAUUUAUUUAGUAUUGGGCCUACGUUGCAAACACGUGAAUUGUUUCAAAUCUGGCAAAAGUUCAUUCCACAACUGCAACUACACACAUUCAACCGUGGUGCUUAUUUUUUUAAAGAAGUUAUUCCUGGACAAUUGGCAAUCUUGUCCAUCAACACACUUUACUUAUUCCAGCUGAAUCCAUUAGUUGACAAUUGUGACAAGAGGAAACAACCAGGGUACAAGCUAUUUGAGUGGUUGGGCUACGUUUUGAAAGAGUUGAGAGCUAGAAACAUGAAGGUGUGGUUGACAGGACAUGUUCCACCAAAUGAGAAAAACUAUGAUUUGACGUGUUUGAGAAAGUAUGUUGUUUGGAUUUAUGAGUUUAGAGAUAUUAUUGUGGGCGGAUUAUACGGACACAUGAACUUGGACCAUUUCAUUCCUUUGGAUAGCGUUGCUGCAUACAAGUCAAUUAAAAAUUCACGAAAGGAUGGGAAAUCAAAGCAAUUGGAAAUGUUUGAAGCGUUUAAUGAGGAGUUCCAUGAUGACUUAGAGACUAAAGCAUUGGGAGAAACCACAUUUUAUCAAGCCUUGGAUACAAAGUUUGAUGACUCUUUCUUUAGGAUACAAGGUGGCGUUCCAUCAAACAAGGUUGAAUACAUGAACACUGUUCGUGAAGAGGUGUACGCAAAGAUCAAGGGUAAAAAGAAGGCCGGCAAGUAUGGUGAAAGGUAUUCUAUUUCACACGUCGGUAGCUCAAUUGUCCCCACAUUCAACCCUGGUUUACGAGUGUGGGAAUACAACAUCACCAAUCUCGCACAGGAAAUGUCCAAUACCAAAUUCGAGUCUUGGGAUAAGUUCUUUUUCGAAGUUGAGUCCUUGAUCGAAAAGCAAGAUGCAUACAUCGAUGACGAUGGCAAUGACGACGACGAAGGGCAUAGCGUGUGGACAUUCAUCAAGCGUGACAAAACUUUCCCCCUCCCUAAACCCAAAAGUGCUAAAUUAGGUCCAGCAUAUAUCCCUCAAACUUACACCCCAGAGAGGUAUGUACAGUACUAUGCAGAUUUGGCAGGAAUCAACAAAGGUAGAAAGGAGUUUGACUACGAGAUUGAAUAUUCCACCGAUGACAAAUUGUACAACUUGCCAGUGUUGACCGUAGAAGAAUGGUUAAAGUAUGCAAGAAAGUUGGGAAAGCCAGUUAAGGAGAAUAGUGUUGACACGGAAAAGAAAAAGGAUAAAAAGAAAAACAACGACAAGGCAAGGAAAGGCAAAGAGGGUAAAAAAUUGGAUCAGAUGUGGGCGGAGUAUUUGAAGAAUACAUUUAUCAGCUCAAAUUACGAGAAUAGUGGACUAGGAUAA